CCACAGCACUUGGACUCACUCGUCUCACUUGGAAAUUUGCAGUGAUUUGAAGGCUGUCUCACGAAACAGAGACGGUACGGGUCUGUCCAUUUACAACAGAAGCGCUUCAGAACUGAGAAAGCAUUUCUAAACUGGGUUAUCUGUAGAAGGAAGCUAUCAGCCACGUCUGUCGUGAUUCUCUCCACGCUGUUUGAGGAUUUUAUAUCAACAGACAGUGGUCAGAUAUUGGUAAGUUCCCCCCUCACACCUGUGCUGAAGUACCCAUGGUGACUAGCUGAGCAAGACCUGGACCUGUCAGUCACCAUCAAACCACCAGCCCUCUACAUCUCAGCAGGACCUCCCACGGCCAACUGAGAAAGACCCAUCAUGCCUCAGCAACAUGGAUCAACCAAUCAGCGAACUGGCCCAGUGGACCCUGUGAGAAGGAAGCUCUGAGUCUGACCUCUGAAGCUCUCUUUGCCCCUAAUCUCCCCUCCACCCCUCCCUCCCUGACCGUCUACCUGUCCACGGCCCCUUCUCCUGGACCCGGUCUGCACUUGCACACAAAAGAGCCAAGAUCGCAGACACGCACGCAGCCGAAAGGAACACUCCAUUUCCGAGCUUGGCUCAUUUCGCAGGUUGAGUCACGAUGCACGGGACUCUUGUGUGCUUGGUUGAAAUGGGGGUCUGCAUGCUGUUGGUGCUCAGGGUUCAAGCGGGCCAGAACCCGGACCAUGUCCUGCACGGUACAGGGAUGAAGGCGGACUCUGCUCGCUCGGGGGACGGCAGCACGGUGGCGCCGGAGGACGCUGAACGCUUCCUCAGCUGCUACUGCUCAGGACACUGCCCCGAAGAUGCCAAGAACAACACCUGCAUGACGAACGGCCAGUGCUUCGCCAUUAUCGAGGAGGACGAGCACGGCGAAGUGUUCCUGACCUCAGGCUGCAUGAAGUUCGAAGGCUCCCACUUUCAGUGCAAGGACUCUCCCAGGGCGCAGACAAGGAGGACCAUUGAGUGCUGCCAGAAAGACUUCUGUAACCGAGACCUCCAGCCCACCCUCCCCCCUCCGCCAGACCCAGUGUGUCAUUUGUGUGGUCUGCCAGAGAACCCUCACUGGCUGGCCUUCAUGAUCUCCAUGACGGUCUGCUGCUGCACGCUCAUCUGUAUCACAGUGGUGUGUUACUACAGAUACAAAUGGCAGACAGAACGUCAGAGAUACCACCGGGACUUGGAGCAGGAUGAGGCCUUCAUCCCGGUGGGAGAAUCUCUCAAAGACCUCAUCAACCAGUCGCAGACCUCUGGCAGUGGCUCUGGGCUCCCUCUGCUGGUCCAGCGCACCAUCGCCAAGCAAAUCCAAACAGUGCGUCUGAUCGGGAAGGGGCGCUACGGGGAGGUGUGGCUGGGACGCUGGCGGGGAGAGAAGGUUGCGGUCAAGGUCUUCUUCACCCGCGAGGAGGCCAGCUGGUUCCGAGAGACCGAGAUCUACCAGACGGUUCUCAUGAGGCACGAGAACAUACUGGGCUUCAUUGCGGCGGACAUCAACGGCACGGGCGCCUCCACGCAGCUGUACCUGAUCACGGACUACCACGAGAACGGCUCGCUGUGUGACUACCUCAAGUUCACCACGCUGGACACGGCGGCGCUGCUGCGUCUGGCCUACUCGGCCGCCUGCGGCCUCUGCCACCUGCACACCGAGAUCUACGGGACGCAGGGCAAGCCGGCCAUCGCCCACCGUGACCUCAAGAGCAAGAACAUACUCAUCAAGAAGAACGGAACCUGCUGCAUCGCCGAUCUCGGCCUGGCCGUCAAGUUCAAUAGUGACACCAAUGAGGUGGACGUCCCCCUGAACACGCGCGUGGGCACGCGGCGGUACAUGGCGCCCGAGGUCUUGGACGAGACCAUGAACAAGAACCACUUCCAGGCGUACAUCAUGGCCGACAUCUACAGCUACGGCCUGGUGGUGUGGGAGAUGGCACGGCGCUGUGUCACUGGAGGAAUAGCUGAGGAGUACCAGCUGCCAUACUACGAGAUGGUGCCGUCAGACCCAUCCUAUGAGGACAUGCUGGAGGUGGUGUGUGUCAAAGGCCUGCGGCCGACUGUGUCCAACCGCUGGAACAGCGACGAGUGCCUGCGAGCCAUGCUGAAGCUGAUGUCCGAGUGCUGGGCCCCCAACCCCGCCUCACGGCUGACCAUCCUCCGGGUCAAGAAGACCCUCGCGAAGAUGGUGGAAUCGCAAGACAUCAAAAUCUGAGCACUCCAACCCCUCCCCCCGGUCUUCUCCCAUUCCUCCCUCCCACACACUACUUCACUCUCAGGCUCUGGUCAGGAAGAGAGGCUUUGAACUUCUCUGAGAGACAUUGAAUGAACUCCUCAUGCAGACAGGAGAUGAGAGAGAGAGAGAGAGACAGACACACGCACACACGCGCACACACACACAGACACACGCGACUUUUGUACACUGCUGUUUCGUGUGAUGACUGUGACAGAGGACAGUGGAAACUAUGCCAGCAUAUGGAUGUGUGUGUGUGUGUCUCCAUGCUGUGAUGAUGGCAUGUGUGUCUUCGUCUCCAUCCUGACCCCCUUCUCUGGCCAGAGCAGGAGAGAACCAUCGUCUUCCUCAGUGCUUUCUGUGAAAGCUGUAUUCUGUGCAAGGAGAGGAAGGACAACCUUCACACACACACACACACACACACACACACACACACUACACCACAAGAUGAGAAUUUGAGACUACACACCGAGCCUCAAAUGGAAACGAAAAACGAACUAACUUUACUGCCUUAGAGAAAUUCCUCGGCUGCCAAUCUUUUGUUGUCAAUGUUUGUUUUAUGUUUUUUGAUUCCUUCCCCUAGCUUCAAGCUCAAUCCAAUUUAUGUUUGUGCCGUUUCGCCCUCCUGCCAUAACACUACGCCAAGGUACUAUUCUUAACUCCGGACCUCUUCUGCAUUGUGCUUUUUGAAGGUUAUUUUGGUCUAGCAAGUCUGUAGGUUUUGUUGCUAUAAUAAUGGAAAGGUCAUCUGAGGCCUUGUCCAGAGUGUGAGUGUGGUGCAUCUGUGUGACUAGUGUCCAUCUGGUCAUUUCGGCUGCUUUUUUUUUUUUUUUUUUAACCAGGCCCGGUCCAUGAACACCAUAGCAAAGAUGGUACACGCCAUGCAGCAAUGUCACUGUGCUUCUCUGCUUAUCCUCAGUUUGCCUUAAGACUCCUAUCUAAUGGACACACACACACACACACACAUACACACAGACACAGAGAGAGGCACACACACACACAGAAGCACACACACACAGAGACGCACACACACACAGACACAAUUAGUCCACUAUAUGGAAUUGUCCUGGAGUUCGAGAUGCAGCCUUAUAGUGGUGCACUUGCCAUUCAGCAGUCCAGCUAGUGAUAUCACCUCCCCUAUGACAUCACCUCCCCUUUCACUCAGCCUGCCUUGACGCAGGUUCUCAGGAGUCUUACUAUGCAAGCAUGUUUUUUUGGGGGGUGGGGGGGGUUUAUGACCCCAUUUCCUUUCUAAAACAAACAGCCGUUCCUGGUAUGCGGUGAUGUGGCAGCUUCAAGGGGAGGUGGCAUUGAGGUGUGCCCGUGGCAUGUUGCCAGGAGUUCAUGAGUGGCAGAGAGCACUAACUGUUUGCCCAGUGCAUGGCUUAGAUACUGGACUUGACUUCUCAUUGGUUGUUUUAAAACUGUGACGUGCAAAAUUUGUGGUGCUCAUGAAAUGGUACAGGGUGUGUACAUGAGCUCCUCACUGUCCUGCAAUAGCGUGAAGGCUCAUGAUGGUUUCUCUGCUUACUUUAAAAGGAAAAGAAAUACAACAAUAUGCCAAUGUUUUCACGUCCAGCAUACCUUUAUACUUGUACAAGCUUUAACAGCGUAGCAUGCCUCCAGCCAGACAUAUCUUAGCCACCAUUGCCUUGCACAGGCCUCUGCAGGUCCAAAGAGUACUUGUUCUUUGCAAAGUUAGUCAUUUGUCUGAGCAAGGAGACCCAACAGGCUGUCAGAUCCACUGGAGAGUCCAAGAUUUCUGUCAGACUCCUUGGCUUUUUUGUUUGUUUAUUUACAUAGUUUCCAGAGAUCAAAAGAAUGACCAGACAAAAGGCCUGUUCCGGUUGAGUUAUCCGAAAAAUGGGCAACACAAAAAAGGGUCACACAUAGCCAUUACACAGUUCUCCAACUGACUCUCUGCAAGUGCAAACAGAUUGAGUUGGAUUUCGAUAUGGUCCAUAAUGUCCACAGUGCAAUACAAUGCUUUCAAUGCUCUGCUUUCAAAUACGCUCAGUGGAAGAGCUAGCUGUAACUCGGGCAUAUCACCACAUAUGCUUGGUUUGUCAUCAUGCCAUCGAGUUGAUAGGGCUGGUGAUUUCUCCCUGACACCUACCAGUAGACAGUGACUACAGGAACCAGUGAAAACUCAUGCUCGUGCAAUAUUAACUCAUAAAUGACCUCACUCAUGUUCACAGACACUGCUUUAAAUGUCAGCUCUGUCCUUUCCUUAGAGUUCACUAACUGAUGCUUCCUCCUGGAAAAAAAAAGAUGUUCUCAAAAAUGUUAUGCUAGUUUUUAAUGCACAUAUUCUGUAAUGUGUUGUCAACAAAUAAGGCUUUAUCAGUGUUUAUGUCAAUAUUGGUACAGCACACACUCUGAGAAAAACAUUAAUUUGGGUAAUCCGGUGUUUUAACUUGUACAUAUACAAAUAACACAAAAAUCAAUUCAAGAUGAGCCGAACUAUAUUAUAACUCUUUACAGAGUGGCAUUUGAAAGAAAACACCUAAUAAAACUGAGAAGACACAAAUACUAUACAAAAUGGAUUGCUCCUCAAACAUUGUUCCAUUCUGUUGUGUAGCCUCCUGAUCUUCAUAUGUGUCCCUUUUGCUAUAGCUUUGCCAGACUAUAGUCAAGGAGUGCAUCGUAUAGCAAAGUAGAUGUAGGAUUUGGUGCUACUCGUCUUCCUCUGUGUCUCUAAUGUCAGCCUUUAGUCUCCUGAGAAAAGUAGUGCAUUGAAUGUCCACUAUUGUGCAUUGUUUCAUAAUCAUGAAGAGUAUAGAUAUGAGGAGACCGGCAUGUUGUUGUGUACGUGUGUGUAAAUGCGGAGGUGUGUGUGUGUGUGUGUGUGUGUAGGUGCACAUGUGUAUGUCAAAUUCGCACGUCCAAGAACUUGUAUUUGUAAAAUUUGCAGUUAUAAUAAAGCAUAAUGUACAUAUGGUAGAUAUUUAAAUAUGCUUCAGAAAACCACAAUUAGUCAUGUUUUGGUGUAAUAUUCAAGAAAGUUAUCUAUAUUAACCCCCUAAUAUGUAAUUGCCUUUUUUGUACAGCAUCUGGUUGUAAAGGUGCCUUAUGAGUUUACUAAAGAAAGCAUACUCUGUACAAAGACUGUUCAUUGUAUCACUUUAUAAGUAAAUAACAUUAUUUUAGUACACAA